GAUUUUUCUUGAGUACUACACAGACUGCGUCGAUUGCUCCAUGGCAUCUCCAACAGAAAGCGUUAGGAUGCAAAUGGCACAGUUCGGAAUGGAGCUUUGGCACGCUAGCCCCAUGCGGGCACGAGCACGUGCGUGUAAUUCUGUGGCUUCCACCCUGAAAAGGAGGUUGACGACAGCACGCACCGGGAAUCAAGUCAUCAAGGCAGCCCCCAAUUAUCCGUUGUCAUCAGCGAGUGAGAAAAAACCGCUGAGUCCGCUGCCGAGAGCAUCCUCUCCUUCGAGUGGCCCCCCGCUGGACCUAACCAUAACGCCGCUGGAGGUGUUAGCGCUGCCGGUCUUGAAAUUUUCUGGGCGUGUGCUCGUCUUGACAAGCCGCGAGGACGAACGGGAACAUGCCGACUUGUUGCGAAGACAUUUUCUAAAUGCGUCUCCCGAAACUAUCAUCGGGUUCGACUCCGAGGCAAAACCAGCACUCUUUGGUCGCAAAAAUCGCACGGCAGUGCUGCAGCUGGCCACACGAGAGCUCUGCGCCCUUUGGCGAAACCCGUAUUUCGUCAGAAGUAGAGGUCCUCGCGUAGUUACCACUUCUUCGACAGCACCAGAAGACCAAACGCGAAGAACUGCGGAUAGCUCGUCACUUUCCAGGAACGAAACCGGGGAAGAACAAGUUCGAAGGGAUUAUAGCGAUCAGACUGAUUCGAAGAUUUUCGAUUUUCCACUUUUGACGAAAAUUCUGGAAUCCGACAAAAUUUGCAAAGUGACGCAGGGGGCCAGUGGAGAGUUGGAGCAACUCUCCCAAGAAUUCGGGAUCGAGGGCCAGCGCUUUGUGUGCCUCUUCGAGUUGGCGCACUACUUGCAGACCAAUCCCCGGAGCCUGCAGGGUUUGGUGGGGAUUUUCUUGCGACAUCGGCUGAAAAAAGACCUCCGCUGCUCGAACUGGGAGCUCGAGUCGCUGUCCAAGGCACAGCUGGAGUAUGCGGCCUGCGACGCGUUCGCGUCCCAUGCGGUCUUGGAGAGGGUACGCUUGCAGCACACGGGCAGCCCCAAGAUAAGCUGCCAGUUUGAGCGUGUUUUUGGUUCCUCGAGCGGCGGCGCUGCCGUCCGGAAGGGGAAGACGAGCCACUUCAACAAAACCGGAAGUACGCCGGGCGUACCGGAGGGCGACGGGGGUUUGCAGAACAAUGAGCACCCGAACCCGACGAGACCGGAGGCUCGCAUGGAUGCGAUAUUUGCGGGGCCAACAGGAGGCGCCGGAACAUCUUUGCAGGGGUUCGAAGGCAGCUCAGGAGGGUGCAGUGGAGGAGGCGACACAUUGCAGCAAUUAACCCAGCUUUGCCUGCGCAAGAACCUACGCUUGCGCUCGGAAGGUUUCGAGCUCGGUGAAAGUAAUCGCGGCUUUCGUGCGAGCUUCUCUAUACAGGGGAGAUUGUUUCAAUCCAAGCAGGCUCAUGCAUCCAUUCGGGAAGCGCAGCGGGACUGCGCGGCUGUCAUCCUUGAGCACCUGCGCCUGAAUAUAGUAUAAUGUUGAACUUUGUCGCUUUGGCAAAGCAGAAGCACGAACGUCACUAACCUGUACGAUACUUUCUAAAGUCCUUAACCAAGAAGUAGAGUAUUAUUCAGUCGGUGACUCAUUCUCGACUCAGCCACGACUUUUUUUUGCCGGGAACUGCUGUAUAUGUUGUGUUUUGGGCUCGGGGUCGCAU